CGGGGCUCAAUGGGCGCCAGAUCGAGUGAACAAAACAGACGGAGCGGCUCUCGCGCGCUAAGACCCCAACAAGAAACCGCGCCAAACAACACCCCCCUCACGGCGAAAACAUAGAAACAAUAUUCACUUGGGUUUUUUUUUUCUAUUUCACGCCGACGGCCCACUGCCCGCGACAACAACACGCGUACGUUGUACGGUAAAUAUAUGUGAACAAUAAAUAGUAUUGUUGCUACUGUUGUUAGCGAAGUGGGGGGUGGGGGUAGGGGUUGGCGGUGAUGGUAGUAGUAAGAUUGUAACAUCACCAGCAGUGGACGGACGGGUCUCGAAUGCCGAAGCAUGGACGGGGAACAACAACAACAGAGAACAACCCAAGGCUGGGCAGCUACUCAGCCCCAUUCACAGCGGCUGUAGCAGCAGCAGCACAAGACUCUGUAGAAGAAGAAGAAGCAGCGACAGUUGAGUAACAAUAGCGCGGCCCGGCGCGAUGGCCUCCUCCUCCUCGUCGUCGUCCUCGUGGUCGCGGUCGUCUUCGUUGUCGAAGCCGUGGUUCGCGCUCGCCCUGCACCUCAUCCCCAUCGUCACUGGCGCCAGCCUUGCCGAGACUCGUACUACUGAGUGCGAGUACUACAACGUGAACUGGAAGAAGGACAACACGAGUCGCUCCGGCAUCGAGCGCUGCGAGGGUGACAAGAGGCAGCAUUGCUUUGCAUCAUGGAUCAACAGCUCCUCGGGCAGUGUGGAGCUGGUGCGCAAGGGCUGCUGGCUCGACGACUUCAACUGCUACGACAGAGGGGAUUGCAUAGAGACAAAGGAAAAUCCCCCUGUUUAUUUCUGCUGCUGUGAAGGCAACUUCUGCAACAAGAAGUUGAAUCAUGUUCCGGUUGCACCUCCGGACGCAGAAGCAGGGCGCGUGUGGGUCGACAAUCGGUCAAGCACAAUGAACACGGCCCUCUACUCGCUCGUGCCCGUGCUGGCCGUGGGCCUCGCUGCCAUUCUCCUCGUGUGGAUGUACCACCAGCGCAAGGCUCCGUACGCUCACGUGGAGGCACCGUCCGAGGAGGCCCAGCGGUUGGCAUCACUGCCACUUCCUGAACUGAAGCCGGUGCAGCUGCUGGAGGUGAAGGCGGUGGGGCGCUAUGGUUCGGUGUGGAAGGCUCAGCUCUUCAGCGACUACGUGGCCGUCAAAGUGUUCACUGCUAAGGACUUGCGCUCGUGGGAAAAGGAGGUUGACAUUUACAGCUCGCCAGGGAUCAAGCACGACAACCUGCUUCAGUUCAUCGCCGCUGAGCAGCGAGUCAGCGGGCUAGACGUGGAGUAUUGGAUCAUCACAGCUUUCCACGAGAAGGGCUCGCUCAUGGAGUACCUCAAGGGGAACGUGCUCACGUGGAGGGAGCUGUGUUUGAUCACCGAGACCAUGUCGCGUGGGCUCGCCUACCUUCACGAGGACGCCAUGGGCCCCAAAGGAGAGCUCCUCAAGCCUUCCAUAGCGCACAGGGAUAUGAAGAGCCGGAAUGUUUUGCUUAAGAGCGACCUGACAGCCUGCAUUGCCGAUUUUGGUCUAGCUGUGAGGUUUGAGCCAGGAAAACCACCAGGCGACACCCAUGGCCAGGUGGGCACAAUGAGGUACAUGGCUCCAGAGGUGCUCGAAGGAGCCAUUCAUUUCCAGCGUGAUGCCUUCCUCCGCAUUGACAUCUACGCCUUGGGUUUGGUGCUGUGGGAGCUCACCUCGCGCUGCACGGCCGUUGAUGGUCCUGUGGGCGAUUACACGUUGCCGUUUGAGGAGGAGCUGGGUCGCCACGCCUCACUCGACGAGAUCCAGGAGCUGGUGGUGCAGAAGCGCAUUCGGCCCGCCCUGAAGCCCUGCUGGAGGAAACAUGCCGGCUUGGCUCUGCUAUGUGAGACCAUCGAAGAGUGCUGGGACCACGAGGCUGAGGCCCGCCUCUCCGCCGGCUGCGUGGAAGAGAGGGUUCAGCUGAUGCGCAAGAUGUGUUAUAGUGGCAACAGCAACGGCAGCAGUAACCCUGGUGGCAACGGAACUUCCGUUGGAGAGAACACUACAGUGAUCGUGGCCAUUUCCUCAUUGGCCGCCGGAGAAGCGCACGACACAGAGACUUGUGCCUUGUGAAACGACUUUAGUUGCUCCCUGUAUGGAAGUGAGAGCAAAACAAAGUGAAGAGAUCCUGAAAUAUUGUGCUCCUACGUUAGAGAGAAACCCGGAGGCAGCAAGUAGUGGCAGCAUUGAUAGUGUGAAUAUUAAUAGCAGCGGCAGAACUGUGGUCACCUGCAAGUGUCUUCACAGUGGAGGCAGAGCUGACUCACAGUACCAAACACUACGAGAGACAGCGAAGCCCUUAGUCAUGCUAAAACCGUGAACAACAAUAACACUGAGGAUCCUUGCCAUUAACAGAGUAAAAAAAAUAUUCGUCACAGAGACCAUUACCUCGCUGGCCACAAUGGAGGUGCUUUGCUUGGAGAUGCGUUUGUGAAUGAAGUCAUAACUGAAUGGAUGGAUGGAGGAGGAUGGCGGCAGGGAGACCUGAACCCUCAUAUAUGACAGCAUCUACGUCACCACCCUGCAUUAACAUUGGCACUGCUGGAAUGUCACGAGUAACCUUGGCCAUUGCCACGGACACUAAUCAAUACACAACUGUGAAUUUUUACUUUCAAACUGACAUAAGUGUAAAAGAUGGUAGUUGAUGGAAAUUUGCCAAAUUUAAGUAUUUUUAUUGCAUCUCUUUUUUGAAGACUUAAUACUUUUUCUUCAUGGAUUCGACUGUUUUGUUUUUCACUCUUAAGGGGUAGAAUGUAAUGGAUUUCAGUUACAAAGGAAGGACAUGGUUGAGUUUAUUGGGGAGGCUCAUGUGUUAAGAUGGGAUAAUAAGUCAGCAUUACUGGGUUCAAACCUUGAACAAACAAGACACUGCUAAAAUUAUAUUAUUUUUUUAGAACGGAUAUAAGUUAAAUCUUGCCUUGGAUCAGAUUUAACAUAUAGUUGAUAAUAAAUACAUUACGGAACAGUAGGACAACAUAUUAUCUUGCUUUUCAAUUCACUAUUUCCCAAGAGUCUAUAAAAUCGGAUUGUACAUGCUUGUGUUGUAAUACCAAUCAAAAGAUUGCUUUGUUAAGAGUAAAAUUAACACGAGAGCCUGUGUUAAGUCUCCCAUUCAAAAAACUCUGCUGAAUAGCAUGUGAUCAUUUGUAGCCGAAAAAAGAUCCAUUAAGAAACAUUUUCCUUGGAGUUAAAUAUUCAAUCCCAGUAUCAGUAUUUACGGUAGGAUUUUUGUAUUAGUUUAGUUUCUUUGUGUGUGCAUGGGCAAUGAGAGCUGUUGAUAUUCCCUCAAGAAUGAACUUCAAGGCUGACAUUUUACCAUGCACAUCACCAAUAUUGACAGUAGUGGUGACGUAGGUGGAACAAUCGUUGCUCUUUUAGUUUAACAUCUAUUGGUUAUAGAUAAUGAGAUUAUAGGCGAGAGUGCUGCGAGGAAGAUUCAGAGACGAUGGCUCAUGAUGAUCACCUUAAAGAGACAAGGGACAUUAAAGGGUUGUUGAUGACCUGCGUGCCACUAAACACUGCCACUGAAGAAGGAACCGUGGCAGCAACGCUUAACAGGGCAAUUGUUGAAGGCCUCAAUGGCAAAUAGAGGGGCGUGAGAUGUGUACCUACUGACUUUCUCCUUGGAGGAGGGAGCGUCACGUGUCUGCAACCUCUUUACAGGUUUGCGUCAGACCAAAGCUACAGUGGCAUAGACUGACGUAACAUCCAGGACAAAACGUUGCUUUAAGAAAUUAACAUUAAGCACCGUUGUUGGAUCAUUUUAAUGAGUUCCACGUUAAAUGUUCAGUUUAAGAAGACACUACCGUCUUUGGAUAAUCAUAACUUUAUACCAAUUAUUGAACUGGAUACCAGUUUGAUGGUGUUGUCGAGAUUUGUUUUCUUUGCGAAAUUAGUUUGUAGAAAAGAUCUGAUUUUUGAAGGCUGUACGUUAGAUUUGUAUUUGAAAUAUGAUGCCUGUGCAAACUCGGCAACUUCAACUGCUCACCCGACGCAAUUUCCUGUUAGUAUUCUGAAGACGAGGCUUGUGGUGGUGCUCAGAAAAAAAUCAACUACUUUGUUUUUUUAAACCAACGAUGAAUCUUUUGUGAUGUUUUGUUAUGUAUCUGCAAAAUCCAAUCACAAUGGAAAAUACAUUUUUUUUUUACAAAAAGGUCUAACAUGGACACUUAUGCAAUAGAUUUCAACAAGAGGAACUUUCAACGCAAGAAACACUCAAACCUGUUUUCUGUGCACCUGAACCCUAUGCCAAAAUGUAGCUGUCAGCGCCGAGUGAAGAGCCAUAAUAACUGCGCAAGAUAACGUUUUUAUCACUCGCUGCCGUCAGAUGGGUUUGUGUGGAAGCAUGCUGUGAAGUGUAAAAGUUGCACGUCAUAUCACUCCUCCCCAUUCUUUCAUCAACCAACUGUACCUCAGGACUUCUUUCAGCGGGAAGGACGACACUUAUGGGCCAAUGGUUUUUUUUAGAUUUUGAAACAGUGAAUUUUCCAGAAAAUGUGCAGUUUUACGUUAGAUACAUUAGAAAUGCCAGAUCUGCUGCUGCUGCAAUCCUAGAAAAUUAUUUUGCUGUUCUGAAAGUGCACGUGGAUGACACCAACUGAGCCAGACUUGGGCCUUCCGACUAAAAUAUAUCAAUUGGUACAAUGUCUUCGUUGGUGUUGGACAUAGGCAGCGAUGCUAAUGCCACCACCCCAUCUCAUUAGUAGUUCAUUGCUAAAGGCACUUGCCUUGUUGGUAGUUGCCCUUGCUUUACAUAUAACAAUAAUAAUAAUAAAGACAAUUCCUACAGUGCCGCAACAUGGCAAGCCAUAUUGCAAUGGUGCUGAACAAACAAAGAUUACAGUCCAUGGCAAUGGGAAAGAGAUGUAGCGGUACUUGUGGAUGUUGAUUUUUUUUAAAGCAGUGCCAUUUUAAAAUGCAUUUUUAAAAGUGUUAAGUUGUGCAUCUUAGGUAAGUAGGAUAUCUGCUAGCAUUACGAGUUUUGCCAAUUGCGCAUUUUAAAGGUUUCCGCAUGAAUUAAAAUGACCCUUAUCCUUUACAUAAGAUAUGUAAGGUUCAGGGCAAACUAGCACCCCAGCAUGUUCCAUCAAUCUUCUGAAAUAGUUUUUUUGUUGCUUUUUUAAGAUAUAUUUCUGAUAAUUAAAAUGCCAGUGUGCUAUCGGUAUCAAAUCCUGAGACAUCCAUUUGGGAACUUCACAGAGCUGCACGCCACAUGUUGGAAAAUGGCCUGCUGAAGAAAACUUUCACAGAACUUCUGAAAGUCCUUCCACUGGCCUCUUUAGCCUUUACUGCGCUUUCCUAUACCGUUUCUCAAAUGAAAUUAUUGCAUAACAGCCGAACCGAUAUUUAAUUGGCUGAGCAAAAUUUUUGCCAAAUUAAGUGAAAACCCAAAAUGAACAUGGUGGGUUGUUUUUCUCCCUCUGUUCAGUCAUUGGUGGUUGAGUCCGUCCACUUGCUUCACUCAAGAACUUGGUUUAUUCACGGGUGCCUGUUGAACACGUAGGCUUUCGCGACCAAUAUCCAUAAUACUGUAUAGGUUUUUGGUUUAGAUCGCGUAAAUAUAUAAAUGUGUCAUUAAAACCCGCCACCACUGGUGACAAAUUGGCAUAUUCUGUUUACGUGACAACCCUUCCUCGUUGGCUGUGUCGGGUGGUGGCGGGUUUUAACGACACAUUUAUAGUUUUACGCGAUCUCACCCAAAAACCUAUAUUAUGGAUCACGGGUGCAUGCCAGGAAUUUAGUGGAGCUCUAACCUCUGAGCCACCAAGUGGCCAUCUGUCGACGACAUUUUAAUACGGCCUUGAUCCUGCUCGUAGCUUAUUUAUAUAUUGAUGUGAAAAAAAACCAUUGGCCCCUCGUUGUUGGUCUCUUUCCAAAAAAAUACCGUUGACAGUGCUAAAUGUGGGGGGUUAUAUAUCCUGCACUUCCAGCUGCGCUACCAGUCUUUCAGCAGAAGGAUUGUACAAUAUGCCCCCCCCCCCUCAGAAACUGCGGGGUCCCGUAACUUCGGCCCGCAGCAAUACGAUUGUACACACGCUCUGGACACACGUUCGAUGCCCGUUUUGAGUUCGCGUUUUUCGAAAAUAGACCGGAUGCCUUAGUGGGGCACGCAACGGGACCUGACAAUUCGCCUGGAAGUUACAUACGAGUAUUGACGUAUAAUGUGUGUCUACGCGUAGACUUGCAUGAUAUCACAAUUGUCCCACCCGCCUGCGAUGCCUUUUAGGUCAUCCAUAUGAAGCACUGUUGCUGAUCAGAAUUCAGUAGGGAUUAUGUAGGGUCUUCAUUGGUGGCCUUGCCCCCAUCAUUCCUUUAUUUGUAAAUAUAUGCCAUGGCCAGAAGGCGAAGUGAGCGGGGAACGAUGGUUCAUUCACGUCUCACUGUAGUAAAACAAGUAAUGUGCAUCACGCCGUUUCGGUUUCAGGUGUUAAAACUGCAUUUUUGUAUAUACAGUACUUUGUACUUUUUUUCAGCUGACAAGAAAACAUCUGUUUACAUACAUUGUAAAUACCCGUUCAUACAGAAAUUCUAUAAUUUGCAAGACUGUGUUACCAACAUUGGAAACCUAUAUAAUUUGUAAACCAUCUAGCUUGGUCAUUGGUUAAUUAAAAUUCAUAGCGCUAUGUGAUCAAAUGUGUAGAUAUAAUGCUAAUGAGCUGUGUAAUGGUUUAUUAUAGCCUGUACUGUAUUAUAACAAUGUGUAUUUUAAUUGUUUGUGAGGAUUGUCAAAUGGCUGCCUGAAGAUGAUUUGCCAGUGUGUUUCUUUUUUUUUCAAGUGCAUUGUGUCCCUGUUGGCAUAUAGUGUGUAAAUAUGUUGGCUAUAUGAAGCAACAUUGAUCAUAAAGCUAAUUCUGCUGUAUUGUAAAUUUGUUCUAUGCAAAUAGACAUCUAAAAAAAAAACACUGGCAAAGUUCUAUACAAUACAACAACGAUUUAGCUCAUGAGCAGUUUGACACUUUUGAUGUACUACAUACGGUACCAGUAUUUGAUUUAUUUUUGUAAUCCUCAGGUUGUUACAUUUACAAUGGUGCCAUGAUAUUAAUGCCUUCACGAUAUUCCCAGUGAAGUGAAAUGUGAAGUUGGCGUGCCUCUCUUUCACCCACUGGGUUUGAACUAGAGUUAAUUUUCACGUAUGCGUGUGUGAGAUUGUAGAAAUUGAAAUUCGUGCCCGUGCUUCCGCUUGGUUCUAACACUAACCUAAAUUGGAGUACAUCUACGAUGGUAGUGUUAAAUCUGACUGCACAACAGUCGUGUCGUUGAUUUUUAAAUAACAAGCAACUUGUGUGCACCUCUAGCGUAUGACUUGACACGCUGUAUUAGAUUAAUUCUGGCUGUUUUUCACUUUGAGCUCUGUGCAGAAUUCAAACAUUUGGCUGUUUUCGGGCAGUACAGUAGUGCGUGUGCAUAUGCUCAUUCAAUCAAAAUUAAUCACAGGAAGUUAUUGCUGCUUUAUUUGAAAGUGAUAAGCUUAAAAACAUGUAGGCAACAGGAACUAUUUCAAAAGUAAACUAAAUUUUAAAUUUUCAUUCAUAUAACUGAUAAAUAUGUUUUAAGGAAAACAGCUAUUGUGAACCCGAGUGUAACAAAUAGGAAUUUAGCGAUAAUUAAUCAUUUAAAGUGUGUUCAUAUAUUCACUAUACGUGACUGGAAUUGUGCGAAUAAGAAUCUAUUAUAUACGAAUAGUAUAUCUUGUAAUUAGUUCACGUGAUCCUCGCAGCCAGUAUAGGUGCUGCAUUUACCAAAUUAUUUCUUGAAUUUAAUUGAUCCCCGACUCUUUACAGUUCAUUAAAUUGAACGGGGGGGGGGGGGGAUUGUUUCUCACCUCGUAACAAGACCAUCUCGUGAUUAAACCAAGAGGACUUUAACGGGUUAUGCUCAGAGCCAGACAACAUACCAGUGUUGUCGCUUUGAGACGAAGGGUUCAUAUUAAUUUGCCUUGUGAAUUUAGAUUGUGAAUAGUUGUUUACGUUUACUUGGUUAAUAACAGAAACCGUUUUUGUUUCUUAGAGCAAGUGAGUUAAUUGGUAGCAAGUCACAUGCAACACAACACUUCGGGUACUUUUAAAAUGUUGAAACUGAAUACAUGCUGUGUGUACCAGAAUAGUAUAUCAUGUAUAUGUAAUACAAUUUUUUACAGUGGUUUACGGGUUUAAACGUGCAGGACGUAUACCAAGAAACCACCUCAUCCGUAUGCAGUUACAAUGGCAGGAAUGUCCACAUGGAGUACCUCUGAUAUCCUUGCUGUAUUUUAUAUACAUCGACAAACUCAUGUGUUUGUUAAUGUUCUCAAGUAUGACACUACUGAAUUUGUGCUUUUUUUUGUUCUCAGCUUUCAUGUUCUGUAAAGAUUUGCUUUAACUCCCAGUAUGGCUGGCCAAGGGUUCAUUUGGUUACAUGUGGUAAUUUUAAACAUGUGUUGCCUCCUGCUUCUCUUUGCAUUUCAAAUGUUAAGCCGUUGUACAUUUCUGGAACUUGUAAAUAUGAUGUAUUUGUGUUUAUUGUUAAAGUGACUAGUAAAGUUGAAUGUCGGACAUUUAUUA